AUGGCAACUAUAUUCAAGCUCAUAUUCUACGUCCCACAGUCCCAUAUCGAGGUCUGCAAAGCUGCCAUCUUUGCAGCGGGAGCGGGUCGCUACCCCAACAGCUCAUAUACAGAAUGCUGCUGGACAGCCUUGGGCACCGGCCAGUUUCGCCCGGUGAGCGGAGCGAACCCGCACAUCGGAGAGGUCGAUAAGCUGGAGACGGUGCCUGAAGUACGAGUUGAGGCGCCCUGUGUGGGACAGGAAGUGACGAAGAAGGCUGUUGAGGCGUUGAAGAAGGCUCAUCCUUAUGAAGAGCCGGCAUAUGAGGUGUACAGGCUGGAAGACUUUUAG